GAUUCGCGUUUCACCCUCCCGUCACGAAUUAGCUUUGGAUUAAUUGAUUAAAUUAGUUUACCUGGUGAAAAUUGUCACGCGUAAUUGACUGCUAGUCGCAAGACAAAAUUAAUCGUUGAACGGCGAAUGACACCGAAAUUUGGGCCAGAUUAACGACGACGCAGACGGUAGAAGCAGGAUGGCCCUUUACUGCUGGGGCAGCACGGUCCACGGCGAGCUCGGCCUGGGCGGAAUCGAAGAAGAGCAGGUCAUGACGCCGCGUGAAAUGGACUGGAGCCAGGCGGCGAACGUGCAGCAGGCCGCCUGCGGGGGCUCCCACACGCUGCUGUUGACCAAGGACGGCAAGCUGUACACGUGCGGCAACAACGACCACGGCCAGCUCGGCCACGACACCAACAACUUACCGAACAAGCGGCCACGUAUGUCUCAGUUUAAAUUCAUCAGUGCGCUGGAGAACUACAUCGUAACGCAGGUCAGCUGCGGGCUGUCCCACUCGCUGGCCCUCACCAACUGGGGCCAGCUGUUCAGCUGGGGAUCGAACGCGACCGGCCAGCUGGGCCAUGAUCUGGACAUGGUGAGCUACCCGGCCCCGCGGAUGAUCAAAUCGAUCGCAACGAAGACGGUGGUCCAGAUCAGCUGCGGUCAUUCACACUGCCUGGCUCUCACCAACAGUGGCGAGCUGUUCGCGUGGGGUGCCAACGAGUACGGUCAGCUGGGCCUGGGGACCACCGGUAAGAAGGUCCCAACGGCUACGCUCGUCAAAUCGCUGGCCGGCAUUCCGAUUGCAUUUAUCGCCUGCGGCGGAAAUCACAGCUUUGCCGUUUCCAAAUCCGGCGCCAUCUUCGGCUGGGGCAAGAACACCUUUGGCCAGCUCGGCCUGAACGAUCUCGACUCGCGGUGCUAUCCGACGCAGCUGAAAACGCUGCGAAGUUUAGGCGUGCGGUACAUCAGCUGCGGGGACGACUUCUCCGUGUUUCUAACGCAGGAAGGCGGAGUGUUCACCUGUGGGUUGGGUACCUUUGGACAGCUGGGCCAUGGGACGCACGGUAACGAGAUACUGCCGCGGAUGGUGUUCGAGCUGAUGGGCAGCAAGAUUACGCAGAUCGCGUGCGGACGGAAGCACACGCUGGCGUUCGUGCCGUCGCGCGGCAAGGUGUACGGGUUCGGGCUGGGAGGAGUCGGCCAGCUGGGCGUGGGAUCGAGCGUGAGCUUCAACACGCCGCAGAUCGUGCGGGGACCGUGGUUUGAAUCGUUCCAGAUCGAUGCGGCCCAGUCGACGCUGAUCGUCGGCAAGAUCUUCUCCGGCGGAGACCGGUGCUUCGUGUCGUUGCUCAGCGAUGCGAGCGCCGGUGAGGCGUGCGGUUCGGCUGACUUCCGCCUCUACAGCCCGGACACGCAAAUCAUGUCGUUGACGGCCGACGCGAGUCGGGAGUUGGCCGCGGUGCAGGCCGAGCAGACGCUGGAUAUGGACCUGAUAUCGCUGGUGGAGACGGUGUUCAAGAGUUUGGCGUGUUUCAACGCGUCUUGGCUGUUGCCGAAUUACGAACACUUUUGCUGCACUUCGAAGCAUCCGGGGGUUGACGUGGGGGCGGCCGAGGAGACGUUUGAGUGCAUCCGGAAGAUCGAGCAUGACACGCUGAAGCAGUUGAUUUGGGAGGCGAUAUCGACGGAGUUGUUAAGUUCGCUGGUUGCGUCGCCGGCGGACGUGGAGACGUUGAGGGUGUAUCUGACGCUGCCAAUGUAUCACGAGUUUAUAAAUGCUAAGAACUACGCCAAGUUGCAUUCGCCGUUCAGCCAAGCGGUUCAGAGCUUGCAGAAAAUUCCGCUGAAGAUUGUGACGCAGUGGUGGUCGAACCAGACGAAGGAGUACUUUGAGCGGUUGUUGGAGAAUUUUAAGAAUGUGGUGCUGUACAUAAUGGAGUUCAAGUUCCCGAAGGUGGUCGGUGGGGACACGCGGCAGGAGAUCCGGUACGAGCCGAACCUGGCCGCGAUGCUGAAUCUAAUGGCGAUGCUGUACAAAAUCAACCAUACCCUGCGAAUCGAAAAGCUGCCUUACGAACAAUUCCACGUCAACGAGAUCGACGACAUGUUCGACAUCCGGUUGGACUACGUGCGGUGGGUGUCGGACACCAACGGGACGUACUUUUCGCUGUGCAAUUACCCGUUUGUGUUCAACGCGGCGGCCAAAACGCUGCUUCUGCAGACGGAUCAGUCGCUCCAGAUGCAUCAGGCCAUGCAGAGCUCGGUCAACCAGACGGGCAUUCUGGCGAUGUUCCUUCCCGAGGUACAGACCAUUGCGCAGUACAUUGUGCUGAACGUGACGCGGGACAACAUCGUCCAGGACACGAUCCGUGAACUGGCACAGUACACGGCGAACGACUUGAAGAAACCGAUCAAGAUUCGGUUUCACGGCGAGGAAGCCGAAGACGCGGGUGGAGUGCGGAAGGAGUUCUUCAUGCUGCUGUUGAGGGACAUUCUCGACCCCAAGUACGGCAUGUUCAAGACGUUCGAGGACAGCCAAUCGAUUUGGUUCACCGAAGAUUACUUCGAGAACGAGGACGCCAUGUUUGCGCUGAUUGGAAUCCUGUGCGGGCUGGCGAUCUACAACUUUACCAUCAUCAACCUUCCGUUCCCGCUGGCACUGUACAAGAAACUGCUCGGCGAGGAGGUUGACAUUAAAGAUCUGCGCGAUCUUUCGCCCAUGAUGGCGCAAUCGAUGCAGGCCAUCCUGGACUACGCCGAGUCGGACCUGGAGGAGGUGUUCGAUGUGACGUUCUCCACGACGCGGGACUACUUUGGCGAGAUGCAGACGAUCGAGCUGAAGCCGGGCGGCGAGCGGAUAAGAGUCACUCAGGAUAACAAACAAGAGUUCGUCCAGCUGUACAUCGACUACGUGCUGAACAAGUCCGUCGAGAAGUCGUUCAACCAGUUCCGGUUCGGCUUCAUGAAGGUGUGCGGCGGCCGCGUCCUCAAGCUCUUCAAGGCGCACGAGCUGAUGGCGGUCAUCAUCGGCAACCAGGAGUACGACUGGAUCGCGCUGGAGGAGAACGCCGAGUACAAGAACGGCUACCAGUCCGGCGAUCUGCAGAUUCGCUGGUUCUGGGAAGUCUUCCACGAGCUACCCCUGGAGGAGAAGAAAAAGUUCCUGCUUUUCCUCACCGGCUGUGACCGCAUCCCGAUUCAGGGCAUGAAGGCGAUCAAGAUCUUCAUCCAGCCCACCCCGGACGACAAGUUCCUGCCGGUGGCGCACACCUGCUUCAACCUGCUGGACCUGCCGCGGUACUCGACGAAGGAGAAGCUGCGCUACAAGCUGCUGCAAGCGAUCCAGCAAACGCAGGGCUUCAGUCUGGUGUAAUGCGUGAGCCAAAUCUCACACGGACGUGAUUUUGCGUUGCUUACGAGACUAAAAUCUGAACAAAAUUGUAAGUAAAAUAUAUGGGCAUGAAAGGCUUUCGUGAAAAGCGAAAAAACUCUACAAAAUUGCAGCCAAGUGCAAGCUUUUCUCACGCCAUCGAUGUAUGCAAGCUUUAACCAAUUAUAGCGGUAGUGUUUGGUAAGGUUGGGUGGGUUGUGUAACGAUUAAAAAAAAUAAUAAUUAACGACUGAAAUUUCCCGCUCCACCUUCUCACUCUUAUAGGUAAGAACCGGCGUAGGCAUGAAGAAGUCAAUUAUAAAGUUUUACUGUAGAGAUUGUUUCUUUGAUUUGUUGCAAAAAUGAGCCUUCUCGGAACCUAACAAACUAAAAAAUAUAUAUGAACUGGAAUGUUGCUAAUUAAAUUAAAACUGCAAUACAUAUAAUGAUUUUUUAACAAAGUCGAAUGCCUAAUUUCUUGAAUUAUUAAUUUUCAAACGAUAUGAUGUUUCCGCCCGGGGUGGUUCGGUUAGAAUACCUCAACUGAUCAAGAACACACCAUUUUGCGAUGCAGUUGUUGAUUAGUUGUGUAAUUAAGAUAGAAUGUUUAUAAAAUGAGUUGUUUGUUAGAGUCAGUUAUACUAUAACACGAUACAAAAUAAAACGCUUAUUUUUUAUUUCAAACGA